UGUUCGCAAUUCGCAAAGCAAUAUGAACGACUACAGGCCUGUCGAAAAAUGUUGUGACUCUGACAGGCAAAAGAGACUUAUAAAAAGAUAGGUAUUGUGAACAUAACAGGGAAAUCUAACUCAGCAACGAAAUGUCUGAGCCUCCUUUCACCAUCCGUAUUCGUUCUGAGAACAAUGAGGAUAUGGACUGGAUGGUGAAACCUGAUGAAGUCACAUUUUUACAGACUCUGGAAGUGUUUUCCCAAAUCAUGCCCAAUUCGUCCCACACAGCAUUUGAAUAUGAAGAUGAAGAUGGUGAUAGAAUCACUGUGCGGAGUGAUGAUGAGAUGAAGGACAUGUUUAACUACUACUUUGGUGAGAUGAAGGAAGAGGACCGUGCGAGGGGUUUGUUUCCCCCACUCAUCAUCUACCCCAAACAUGGAAAAACUCCACAAAACAGAAAUAUUCAUGGACUUAAAAUCCGCACCGGAAGUCAACCUGAGGAGGCUGCUCCGGCACCCAAUCAAGGUGGCCAGGUGGGGCUGGAGGGUAUCCUGUUCUGUGGAGACAUCACCAAGGACUCACUACAUUAUGUACAGAUGUUGGGACAGGGGAACGGGGGUCGGGUCUACAGAGCUGUUCACAAGCCUACAGGGAAAGUAAUGGCUGUCAAGGAGAUACAACUGGAUAUAUCUGUGGUCAUCCAGAAACAGAUCAUAUCAGAACUAGAGAUUCUUUACAAGUGCAAUUCCCGAAUGAUCAUCUCUUUCUUCGGUGCUUUUUUCCUGGAGAACCGGAUCUCAAUGUGUACAGAGUUUAUGGAUGGUGGCUCUCUGGACCGCUACAUGCCGGUGGAGGAGAAGGUGCUGGGCCAGAUCAGCCUGUGUGUCAUAGAGGGGAUGCUCUACAUGUGGAACCUCAAGAUUCUACACAGAGAUAUUAAACCGUACAACAUUCUAGUCAACACGGCCGGUGAGGUCAAGCUUUGUGACUUCGGUGUCAGUACUCAGCUCGUGAAAUCCAUCGCCACCACAUUCCUUGGUACCAACGUAUACAUGGCUCCGGAGAGAGUUCAAGGUCACGAUUAUGGGAAGCCGGCAGAAGUGUGGAGUUUUGGGGUGACUUUGUUUGAGCUGGCCUGUGGAAAAUUGCCUUUUGCAAGUCUCGUGAAAUCCAUCGCCACCACAUUCCUUGGUACCAACGUAUAUAUGGCUCCGGAGAGAGUUCAAGGUCACGAUUAUGGGAAGCCAGCAGAAGUGUGGAGUUUUGGGGUGACUUUGUUUGAGCUGGCCUGUGGAAAACUGCCUUUUGCAAGUCCUCAGCUGAAAUUGUCGGAUGAGCAGUUUUCACCACAACUUGUUGAUUUUGUAAAUAAAUGUGACACAGAACAUGUUGCUGAAGAAUAUGGAGUAUGA